UGGAGGCGGUGGCGGUGCGGGAGCAGCAGCAGCAGCAGCAUCGGCGGCGUCCAGCUCUUCUAAGAUGGGCAACAAUGCCACGAGCUCCAACAAAAAGGUCGACGCGGCCGAGAGUGUCAAAGAGUUCCUCGAGCAGGCCAAGGAGGAGUUCGAGGACAAGUGGAAGCGCAACCCGACCAACACGGCCAGCCUCGAUGACUUUGAGCGCAUCAAGACACUCGGCACCGGGAGCUUCGGCCGCGUCAUGAUAGUCCAGCACAAACCGACCAAGGAGUACUACGCCAUGAAGAUCCUCGACAAGCAAAAGGUUGUCAAGCUCAAGCAAGUUGAGCACACCCUCAACGAGAAGCGCAUACUCCAAGCUAUCAGUUUUCCCUUCCUCGUCUCGUUGCGCUUCCACUUCAAGGACAACUCGAACCUAUACAUGGUCCUCGAGUACGUGCCCGGUGGCGAGAUGUUCAGCCACCUGCGCAAGGUCGGUCGCUUCUCCGAGCCAACCUCGCGCUUCUACGCCGCCCAGAUAGUCCUUGCGUUCGAGUACCUGCACCACCUCGACCUCAUCUACCGGGAUCUCAAGCCCGAGAACCUGCUGAUAGACUCGCAGGGCUACCUCAAGGUCACCGACUUUGGUUUCGCCAAGCGCGUCAAGGGCAGGACGUGGACGCUCUGUGGCACCCCCGAGUACCUCGCGCCCGAGAUCAUACUCAGCAAAGGCUACAACAAGGCAGUCGACUGGUGGGCCCUCGGGGUGCUCGUCUACGAGAUGGCCGCUGGUUAUCCGCCCUUCUUUGCCGACCAGCCCAUACAGAUCUACGAGAAGAUCGUCAGCGGCAAGGUGCGCUUUCCCACCCACUUUGGCUCAGAUCUGAAGGACCUGCUGCGGAGUCUACUCCAGGUCGAUCUGACCAAGCGCUUCGGCAAUCUCAAGGCCGGCGUCAACGACAUCAAGGGUCACAAGUGGUUCUACACCACAGACUGGAUAGCCGUCUUCCAGAAGCGAGUCGAGGCACCCUUUAUACCGAGGUGCAAGGGCCCUGGGGACACCAGCAAUUUCGACGAUUACGAAGAAGAGGCGCUCCGAAUUUCCUCGACUGAGAAGUGUGCCAAGGAAUUCGCCGAAUUUUGAAGGCUAGGACUACUUCUCGCCAAUGGAUAUGUCAAACAGUCAACGUGGUCAACGACGAAGCCGUUAACCCCGACGUCGUCAGGCAGCUCUGCUAAUAGAGCUGCUGCCCUUGAAGCAAUGUCAACAACAGUAGCAGCAGCAGCAGCAUCAGCCGCUUGAGCAGCCAGCUUCGGUCAGCUGGUUGUCAACUGGUAGCUCUAUAUUGCUUCUGCUGCUCGAAUAUAAUUUGAUCAUUACUGCUACUACUAUCAGUACUAUACUACAACUACCAUCAGUCUCUACCUUGUCCUGAAAUUGUCAUCAUCAUCAUCAGCAGCAGCAGCGGUAUUAAAAUACCACUACUACUUCUAUACUAUGUAACUAUUAUAUUACCAGUGAAAAAGUGAAUAAUGAGGAAGAAAGAAGAUACAGAGGAGCCAUGCUGCACUGAUAAUCAUAUCAGAAGUGUAUCCCCCCUCCCAGCCUUCUGUAUACCUUCAUAUACUGCACACAUCCCCAGUGACAGUAACAUUAAGCAUGCAGUGUCUUACAAGCAAGCUCAAGCUCUUGUGAUGUCUUUGUCCGCUAAUUUUAUGGACUUUUUGGACUUUUAUCCCCCCCCCCCAGAGCUGGUGCAACUACUAUGUUAUAUCCCUUCUAUUAAUAGGCUGCUGCUGUGCAAUUCAUUUAUUGCCUACCUUCCACAGCCUCAGACUUUUAUAGCCAGAGUCCCAGGAGUAAGGUUGAUUUCUUAGAUUAAAAAAAAAAAAAAAAAUAAUGAUAAAUAAUGUGCUGAGUGAUUAUGAAGGAGAAAGAUAAUGUAUGCUGGUCAAAGUUUAAAGUGAAAAAGUGUGGUAAUUCCUACAAACUUAUUUUUAGCAUUCUUGGUACCAAUUAAUAAGUACUUGCUCGUUGUUGAA